AUGGGUGGGAAUAGUUCAACACCAGCAGCAGGCAGUGAACCUGAUGAGGGGAAGGCUGACAGAGAAAAAGGAAGUCCCCCAGAUUUGACGGUGUCAGGAAAAACCACCAUUGACAUUGCCAUCACAGGAGUGUCAGGAGCUGGUAAAUCAUCCCUUGUCAAUGCCCUGCGAGGCCUGAAAGAUUUUUGUGAGGAAGCAGCCCAAAUUGAUGUGAUAGAAGGAACAAAAGAGCCAAUGGGUUAUCCAUACCCUGCUUUUCCAGACGUAACAAUAUGGGACCUCCCAGGGAUUGGGACACCUAAUUUUAAAGCAGAGGAAUACCUAGAAAGGGUCAAUUACAGCCAAUAUGAUUUCUUCAUCAUUGUAGCUGCUCAUCGCUUCACUAUCUACGACAUCCAGUUGUCCCAUGAAGUUCAAAAAAUGAAGAAACGGUUCUACUACGUGCGUUCCAAAAUGGAUGUCAGUAUUAGGAAUGAAAAACUGAACCCAGACUUCAAUGAGGAAGCAACCAUUCAAAACAUCUGGAAAGACUGCCUUAGUAAUUUGGUACAGGGUGGUAUUUCUUCUCCACAGAUUUUCCUCAUCUCCAGUUGGUACUGGGAUAAGUACGAUUUCCCCCUUUUGCAAAGGACCUUGGGGAAUGAAAUCGAGGUACUGAGGAUUCGUGUCUUAAGACCAGCUGUGCUGCCAGACUCAGAAAAGAAGAGAGAUGACAAAUCAACCAAACCAUCCACUGGAAGUCGAAUCCAUUUCAUCCUUCUUCAAAAGAUGUUAAAAAUUGACCUUGAAAAGCUGAAGGAUACUCUGAUGCAAAGAAAUCUCGAAGAAGUGAUAGAGGAAAUACGUCAAGAAUUGGAUGCGUUACAAAACGUCAAGCUUGACAUUGCCAUCACGGGAGUGUCUGGGGCCCUGUGGGGCAUGAACAGUUAUGAAGAUGGGGCAGCAAAUGUUGGGAUAACACAAACAACGAUGGAGUGUGAAGCCUAUCCACAUCCUUUAUUUCCAAAUGUAACCAUAAGGGAUCUACCAGGGAUCGGCACACCUGAAUUUAGACCAAAGGAUUACCUAGAGAAAGUUAAUUUUAGCCAGUAUGAUUUCUUCAUUAUAGUUGCUUUUGAACACUUUACUGAGAAUGAUGUCCUCCUGGCCCAUGAAAUUCAAAAAAUGAAUAAGAAAUUUUAUUUUGUGCGCUCCCAAAUGGAUGUCAGUAUGACUGCUGAAAUUAGGGACCCAAAGUUUAGUAUGGAGACAUCCCUUCAGAAGAUACGAAAAGAUUGCUGUGAUGAAUUGACAAAAUUAGGAGCAUCUAAUCCCAGGGUUUUCCUCGUCUCUAGACGAGAUUUGGAUAUGUAUGAUUUCCCCAGUCUGCAAGAAGCCUUGGAAAAUGACCUGGAUGAUCUCAAGAGAAACGCUUUAAUCCAGGCUAUGCCUGUUUUCUCAAGGCAAAUUCUAGAAAAGAAAAAGGCUGCCAUGGAGGAACUCAUUCUGAAAUUUGCUGUUGUAUCCUGUGCUGUUGGGGUGAUUCCUGUCCCUGGACUCUCUUUGUUCUGUGAUGUUGGCAUCUUGGUAGGAGCACUGCGCCUUUUCUGCGAAGUCUUUGGCUUGGAUGAAGAGUCCCUCCGCAGAUUUGCAAAAGAGAUGGGCAAAGAUUACCAAGUGCUGAAAUCCGCUAUCAAAAAGUCCCCAAUGGCCAAUGAGAUUACUCCUAAACUUGUAGUUGGUCUCUUGUCCCGGUCUCUGCUUUUUGCAAGUGUGACCAUAACUGAAUUUGUCUUGGAUUUUGUACCCAUACUGGGCUCUCUGUUCGGGGGCAUUAGUUCUUUCAUCACCAUAUCCUACGUCCUUUCUAACUUCCUGAAGGACAUUGUGGAAGAUGCAGAGAACGUCCGGGCAAAAGCUGCUGAGCCUUGACAAUUACAAUAUCCUCACAUCAAGAUCCAAGACACUGAGUUGGAAAGAAAAUCCCAAGUGAAGAAGCUGUGAAUUGUGCACAGGGUUAGAACUAAUACCAGAUAGAUAAA